CCCUUCACGUACCCGGCAUCAACACCAGUCGUCGAGCAUCCCCUCGCCAUCAACCUUGCCGUCCCACCUCCCAUCGACUCCUCCUCCCCCUCCUCCUCCCCUUCCUCCGCCUCUCCCCUUCAAGCUCCUCUCAUCCACCACCUAGUGCAUCACCUCCCUCUAUUCCUCCCCCUCGCUCCUCUCCUUCCGAGCCUCAUGACCCAAGGGGCUCGAUUCCUCGUGCAAGAUCGCAAGUGGCUUCACAUGCUAGCGCCCCAUUUCCUGGGCAGCCAUCCACUCCAGGCCACGCUGCUGCCUCAGCCCGACGAGCCAGCCCACCUGCACUUCGCCCACAGACUGAUUCUGUCACGACGAGCCAGCCCACCUGCACUUCGCCGCACCUGGCCCUCCCCCACGCUCCCCUCCUCCCCUCGAGACAUGCUUCCUCCUCCCAUUCCCAUCUCUCCCCCACCCUUCUCCCCGUUUCUCCCCUCCCCCCCCCCCAACCCUCCCGCUCCCCCCUUCCAGCCCUGCUUCCAGCACUGCAACCGCCCCUCCCCUGCGCUCCUCUCCUCUCUUCGCUCACACCACCUCCUCCCCCCUGAAGGCCUCCCCCUCUUCCACGCCAACUGGACGCUCCGCCGCCCGCCACCUGUCCCGCUCCCGCCACCUGGCGGGCCCGUCUCCGCUGACGUGGCAGCUGACGUGGCGGCUGCUGCAGAAGGGGCGGUUGGUGACGUGGAAGGGGAUGGUUUUGGGGGGCUGAGGAGGAUGGUUGGGGAGGACUGGGUGGUGGUGGUGGCGGUGCCACCUGGCGCGAUGCUAUUGGAUAAAAUGGAGGAGAUGGUGGAUGAGAUAAUCCAAGAUAACUGGUGGCAUGGGCGGGUGGUCUACUUUCGAGGAGGGAUGGGCGUGGAGGAAGCCAGGGCUCUUUUCUCUCGCAUGCUCCUCCUCAUCUCGCCACCAGGGGAGGCUCUAGACUUCAUUCUCUUCAUGCCUCCCUCACAACCAACCAUCCUUUUACGCCAUCUCCCACCCCUUUCCCGCCAAUUUCCCGCCCAACAGCCAGGGCUCUCUUCUCUCGCACUCUACUCCUCAUCUCGCCACCAGGGGAGGCUCUAG